UAAAUUAUAAAUACUAUGGAUCUGAUUGUUAUGCCAUGUACUUUAUAAAAGAGAACUCCAAAAAGGUUUGAUACUUAAAAUUAGGAAUCCUAUCAUCAAGGAAAAACAACACCUCUAAAAAAUAACCAUAGAAAAAUUUCAACAACUUCUCCAAGAGUUAGAUUCCAUUCCUAAACUGACAAAAAAUAUGAAGACAAAGGUGUAGGAUGUGAUCUUUUUGAAAAUGCAUAAAUAACAAAGACUUUUUAAUUUAAUAUGCCUCAAAUUGAGAAUUUUAUAUAACCGCCACUUAUUCCUGAUAAAAAAGUGUUGAAGAAGAAAAAUGGCUUAAUUAUAUUUAAACCAAUUCCAAAGGAAUAUCAUCUGAAGACAUUUUACUAAAGUCCUAAAAAUUACACUAUUAUAAAUAAUGUAAAAAAGAGAGAUUUCAGACUUAAGAAAAUGAUGGACACAGAAUUAAUGAAAUAAAGUUUGGAAAAAGAAAAGUGGUUUACUGAUAGAAAUUGCCGUAUUUUCUUAAAUGAUUUAUGGUCUGAUUCCUAUUUUCAAUGA